AUGGCGAUAUGGCGUCGUUUUCUUUUGCCGGUGAUUGAUCUCACAAACCUCUUUCUUAACUGGAGAUUUUCCGUGCCUUUUAUAGUAAACCAGACCGCUUCCAUUCUCUUCGUUAUGCUCGUGUCCCGUUUCCCCGUCUCGGUUGUUGUGCCAUGCGUGAACGCCCUGCAGUUUGUUUUUACGGCAGUUACUGGUCAUUUAAUUGGUGAGUACAAUACGGCAGUCACG